UAGAGAGAGAGAGAGAGUUCUAUCUUCUUCAAGAAUUUAAGUGAGAGAAACUCCAUUUUCUAGGCAUUUCGGUGGGGAACGUUGCUCCCUCCUCCUGUUCGUCCGUUGAAUCCCUCUGGUAUCCAGAGAGAGAAAGUGGCUACGGAAAAAUCUGGUAUCUAGAGAGAGAAAGUGGCUACGGAGAAAAAUGGUUUGGGAAGAGCCCUGGCAAGAUAAUCCAGUCGAAUUCGAUUUUCUCUCUAUACUCUCUAAAUCAAAGGACUACUAUAAAAUAUUGGAAGUUGACUAUGAUGCAACAAAUGAUGACAUUCGAUCCAACUACAUCCGCCUUGCUCUGAAAUGGCAUCCGGAUAAGAGGAGUGAAGAUGGUGCAACCAUUAGAUUUCAAGAGAUAAAUGAGGCUUAUAAGGUACUGAGCGACCCCAUAAAAAAGAGGGUAUACGAUAGGCAUGGUGUCCUCCACAUCCAAGAUUACAGUUGCAUUGAGUAUCUGCAUCGAUUCCAGGGGCUAAUCCUCACAUGCAAUGGCCUUGGGAUGAGAGACUUCCCUGUAUCAUGAGAUGGCUGUGUAGUUUAGAUUACCUGCUGGAUUUGGCAAAGAAGGGCAUUUUGUUGUGUAGCAAGAAGAUGUGUUGUAACCAUGCUUAGUACAAAAAAUUUGCUCAGGGUGAACCAAUUGAGAUGGCCUGUAUAGGUGGGGAUUUGUUGAAGAUCUUCUUUUCCAGUUGAUGCACUCAAUUGUGGUAGAGCCAUGCAAACAUGAAGAUAACUGAGCAUAUAUUUUGACGUAAUCUUUGAUGUAAUCUUAAUCAUCUGUUCGAGAUAGCAUUGUUAGAAGAAAGUUGUGCAGUAGUUCCAUGAAUGUGUGUGCUAGUCUCAUAGUGGUUAUUAGCUCGCUUGACCUCAUUUAAACUCAUGAACAGUGUACAUUCACUCGUGCAGAUUCCAUCAGGUUUUCUUUCA